CUGGCUUCUCAUUGUCUGCUGGCUUCUCAAUCUCAAUUUCUGCUGGCUUCUCAUUGUCUGCUGAAAUCUUCUCAAUGUCAAUUUCUGCUGGCUUCUCAUUGUCUGCUGAAGUCCUCUCAAUGUCAACUGGCUUCUUAUCUUCACUGUCUGUAGACUUGUCAUCGUCUGUUGGCACCUGGAUAUCCUUGUCCACAGUCUUCUUGUUUUCAUUGUCGAAUGACUCCUGGUUCUCAACGUCUUUCUUGACAGCUGACUCCCGACAUGCAGCCUCUUCUCUGGCCGUGUUACACUCAGCCACAGGGUUCUUUGCUUGUGUCUGGCUACGUUCUCCCUGGGCUUCUCCUCCAGGAGGUGGAGGGACAGUUGAGGAAGGUUGGUCAACUGUAACAGACAAUCUUUGGGCUAGUUGAGAGCAGAUGCUGGAGUGCAGUGUUGGAGGAGGAGAGAUGGAGGAACAUCGAGAGAGUGGUGGCAGAGGGGAAUGGUGGACUGGAGGAGGAGUUGAGGCUGGCAGACUUGCUGCAGAGAAAGGACUGGGGUGUGAGCGGUGGAGUGUGCCAUGGUGAAGAUGUGAGAGAGAGACUAUGGGGGGAGGAGAGGAAGUGACAAGCACACUGGGUACAGGAACAUGGCAGGAGUUUGGUGCUGAUGAGACAAACUGAGGCAGAGAGGGAACGAAAGAGUGGGGUGAAGGAGGGGAGCAGGGCAGUGGGGAGAGGGUCUGCCUUGCAGGAGAGAGGGGCAGAGGGGACAGAGUUGGCAGCCGUGGGUGGGGGGAGGGAGGGAUGGGAGAGAGAGACUCCACCUCCGACAGAGAGAGCUCAGAUCCACUGUCACUAUUCAUAGUGUCUGCUGGCGCAUGCACAAGAGGGGAGUGGAUGUGGCUGGGGGAGGAGAGAAGAGGCGAGGAGGGCUGGCGCUCACGGGAAAGAGGGGACACAAGCUGAGACUCAAACAGGCUGUCAUCUUCCAGCAAGGGACUGAUCUCCUCUCCUCCGUCUGAGCUGCUGUCAGACACACUGAAGUCAAGGUCAGUUGGAGUGGGCACUCUCUCUGGUAAUGUCGGAGAGUCACAUUCCUCUUCCUCCACAAACUCUGACACGUCUCCUGACCCCUCCUGCAAGGCUGGAGGAUGAGAGAUACCACUGGGGAGGGACAAGGGUGCUGGGGGUUCAGAGGAGAGUGGAGGUGAAGUGGGGAGGGAGAACGAGCUGGUGAAAGAAUGGUGCCUGCGACGUCUGCCAGUCAGUAGAAACUGCAAAGCUGGUGAAAUGCCCAGUGAGCUUUCUCCAUUACUGACUAUAGUAAACUUCUUAAGCUGUUCCUGUAGUUGGGAGCACUGCUCAGCCAGUUUAUCUCUCCUAUAUACAUACAAUAAAUGGUUCUCUCAGUAACUGCUAAAUUAUGUUGCAUUGCCUCAUUGCGCCGUAUCGUGUUACGUUGUGCCGCGAAGAUAGAAAUGGCUUCUAUCCUCGUGACGUGGCACGGCACGACGGGGCAAUGCGACAUUUGUGAACCUAGCCUUACUCUUCUCUGAGACUGGCCUCACACUCUCUGUGGGCGCCUGCCUGAGCAGUCAGCUGCUGCACCACCAUCUCUGCAUUGGUGGCUCUGGUCUCUGCAAGCUCCUUUUCCCACUGACUGGCAGUCACCACGUCCCGCAGACUCUCUUUCUCCUUAAGUAGAGCACUCACCUCGGCUCUCAACCCAACCAGACUCUGUUUGAGAGAGGCUUCUUGGCUGAGUACCUGUCGCAGUUGCUCCUGCAGAGAGGCGCAUUCCUGGCCCUUCUCCCGGUACCUUCGUAUCAGCUCACUCCGUGUGGAUGACUUUUGCCUUCAGUGUGAGGAAGUUUCUGAACUGCUUGUCAGGUUCAGUUUGAGCGUUCUUGCUGGAGGGAGCACUCAUGCUUGGUCGUCUUCUGAUUCCUACCCUCUUGAUCGCGAGGUAGAGGGCAGCUUAGGAAUCCACCAUCCACAUGCGUCAAACGUAACUGUCUACGCAACGACGGUGUCUUACGCGCAAUGGGUAAACUUGGAAGAUGGAAUUGCGUCAGGUGAAGCUGCGUAGCUGUUUCAGAGGAGACGAGUAUGGGGUUUCUUCUGUGGUGUUCGACCCGCAGGAGGAGCUGCUCUGGGCCGCCACCUUUGGGGGUCACGUAACGUCCUACCUAGGCUGCGGUAUGGAGACGUAUACCUCAGUACAGGCUCACAACUCAGACAUCAGGCAGUUGGAGUUGACUCCAGCUGGUGUUCUGUCAGUGGCUGACUCUGAACUGCGCUACACUGCCCGCACUGGCAUACAUCUCUACACCAUGAGGGAUGAGCCACAGAUGGUGGGGAUGAACUGUCUACUGUAUGUUGGCAACGACAACCUUUUGGUGGGCUGCCAGUCUGGCCAGCUAGCCUCACUUGACCUCUCCAGUAUGCAGAUCACCUCUCAGAUGGGGCUGGAAGCUGGAGUGUGUCUGCUGAAGGCUUCGGAGCAGUUGGUUUGCACUGCAGAUGUUACAGGACAGGUCUACCUGCAGGCACCUGGCUCUCUGCAGGUGGUCCACAAGUUCCCAGCCCACUCUGCUGGCAUGUGCGACAUGGAUGUUGUGGGGCACUGUCUGGUGACCUGUGGACUCACUCAUCGCUAUGGCCAGCUCUGCGUGGACCCUGAACUCACUGUGAUGGACCUCCGCAUGCUUCGACCCCUCCCACCUCUGCCCGCUCCCAUGCCUCAGCCGAUGCUCGUGAGGGCAAUGCCCUCCAUGCCGUCCACUGCUCUCCUUCUCUCCCAACUUGGAGAGUUCCAGUUUGUUGACAUCCGAGGGCUGAUGACUCCGGCCAACAUGACUCUUCACCAGCUCCAGCUGCCACCUGAAGGAGCCAUGCCCUGUGCCUGUGAUGUCUCCUCCUCCUCGCACUGCCUUGCUUUUGGGGACUCCUGUGGUCUGUCUCUCUCUCUGUCUCUCUCAGUCCUAGCCGCUCCACCUGUCGCAGGUCAGGUCCACCUCUGGAUGUGCGGAGAAGAAGCUGUCAUGAACACCUUUGCCCAGCCCUCAGUUCUGCCUGAUCAGCCCGAGAGCUGUCCCGAGCUCAGCUGGGAUGGAAGUGGUGCGCCUCUGGCAGCUGUCCCUCUCCCUGUCUGCUCUGAGCCCCUCCUCUCCGACUGGCCUUCCCACAACUCGAGGUUCAUGAGAAGACGUGCUCCAACGAUUGACUCUCAGCUACUGGCCAACAGGAAGAUGCAUCAGUUUGUGGGUCAUGCCCGAAAGCCGGCUCACCUGCGUCGUAAUCAGGUGCCUUACGACCUUCAGCGCGAGUCCCGAGCCACAGUCCCUGAGUCUCCAAUGAUGAGAGAAACCAACCCCCUCUCCCUCAUUCCCAAGCCCUACCGACAGGUUGAGAUCAAAUAUUCCAAACUGGGCAUCGAGACGUUUGACUUUGCUCAUUACAAUGACACCAAGUUUGCUGGUCUGGAGAUCCACAUUCCAAACGCCUAUUGUAACUCCAUGCUGCAGGUGCUGUACUUCAUAGAGCCUCUGAGACACGCUUUCCUGAACCAUCUCUGCAGCAAAGAGUUCUGUCUGGCUUGUGAACUGCACUUCCUUUUCCUCAUGCUAGACAGCUCUACUGGCAGGAGUUGUCAGGGAACAAAUUUCCUCAGAGCCUUCCGGACACUUCGAGAGGCAUCUGCUCUGGGGCUGCUCAUCUCGCGAGGGGAUGAGGAGCAGAAGGCAGACCUUGGGAAACUGAUUCAGAACUGGAGUCGGUUUGUUCUGCAGCAACUGCACCAGGUGAGUAGGAACAGAGAAGCCGACAUCCUCUUUCUAGCUGACCAGCAGGAGACACAGCCAGAGCUGCCGUCUCUGGACGGAGGGGAGAGCAGGUCAAGUGUUGUGGAGAGGCUGUUUGGCUGUGCGGUGGCAUCAGAGUGUGUGUGUCGCUGCGGCUGGAGCAGCUCUCGCAGACACACCGAGCUCAUCUUCUCCCUCACCUACCCUCCCUCUGUGGGGGGAGAAGAAGUCAGCUUUGGUGCCUUCCUUGAGGCCAGUCUGUGCCGGAAACAGAAGGUCCAUGCCUGGUGUGACUCGUGCAGCAAGUUCACACCAACAACCUCCGAGCGUUCAGUCCGCAGACUUCCUCUGGUCCUCUCCCUAAACUGCCAAGUUGAGGGAGAGGAUGAGAGAGAGUUCUGGAGACAGCAGCAGACAAAGGCAGCAGCACAGGGAGGUAGCUGGGUUCCUCACACUCUGACCAUCUCUGUGGCAGAGGGGGGCCGAGUCUCUGUGAAGGAAGGCCCAGAUGAGGAGGGCGGUGUGGUGUAUGAACUGAGCAUGGUUGUGGCGCAUGUGAAGGAAGGCUGGAUGGAGGCUCCCGGUAACCUUGUGGCUCACAUCAGAGUCUCUCCUUUCUACCACGAGAGGAAGAAGAUCCCCAGCAGGUUCCAGUGGUACCUCUUCAAUGAUUUUGCCAUCACUCCAGCCAGCCAGUCUUCAGUUGCUCAGUUUUCUCUGGAGUGGCUGACCCCCUGUCUUCUGAUCUAUACCCAGCGAGACUUCUCCACGCAGUUCCCCCACUCUCCUCUGCCCCGUCUGGAGCCAUCUGUGCUGCUGGCUGAGACCCACAGUCCCCGCCCCCUCCAGUCACCCACUGUCCACACCUCUCUCUCAUUCCAUGAGCUGCCUGAGAGAGGAGAUCUGGUUGGCAUUGAUGCUGAGUUUGUCACGCUCAAUCAGGGAGAAGCAGAGGUGAGGAGUGAUGGGACUCAUCUGACAGUGAAGCCCAGCCAGCUGAGUGUGGCUAGGAUCACUGUUGUCAGAGGGAAGCCACCCCAGGAAGGAUAUCCCUUCAUUGAUGACUACAUUGCUCAUUCUGAGCAGGUGGUGGACUAUGUGACUCAGUACUCUGGGAUCAAGCCCGGAGAUCUGGACGCCAUGAGGAGCUCCAAACACCUCACCACCCUCAAAGCCGCCUACCUCAAACUGCUCUUUUUACUCCAGAGAGGAGUGAAGUUUGUGGGCCACGGGCUCAAGAAGGACUUCAGAGUUAUCAACAUCUUUGUACCAGAUCACCAGGUUCUGGACACUGUGCAACUGUUUCAUCUCCCAAACCAGAGAUAUGUCUCCCUGAAGUUCCUGGCUUGGUUCUAUCUCAAAAUACAUGUUCAGGAUGGUGCUCAUGACAGUGCAGAAGAUGCCAAGACAGCUCUGCAGUUGUACCGAGUCUACCAUAGACUGCAGGUACAGCAGAGGCUGCAGGAGUCCCUAGGGCAGCUCUACGAGGCUGGGCGCAAGCUCAACUGGCAGGUCCCCUCCACCUGACCAUGGAAACAUUUUUAUACUUCAUGCUAUACCAUGCCAAGAAAUAAGAAAUUUCGGAUC